AUGAUAGUAGAGAAACUGAUUGACGACCAGGAACUCUGCAUCUUGAUCAGUCCUCAGGACCUAAAGACCUACAGAAGACAUGGAAUGAGUGAGUCUAAUAUCGACAUCACACUUGCAAGUACAGCGAUCUAUAGCUUAAUAAGAGACUGGUCCGUAACCGACCGGAUUGACAGCGACCAUCGAAUGCUGGAAUUUAUUCUUAGACUUAAAAAAUCGAAAACCGAAAAACUUGGCACGAGAUUUAAUACGGAAAAAGCGGAUUGGGACAAAUUUAGACUAGUACUCUUGGGUCUAAAGUCGAUGAUCCAUGGCGACUCCAUUGACGAAAUUGCAAGUAGCUUAACUAAGGCGAUUGUCCAAGCUGCGAAGCUUUCCAUGCCGACGCGUGGUGUAGCGAAAACCAGCCUAACCACGCCCUCGUGGUGGACAGAAGACCUCACUGAGUCAAAAAACUCGUUACAAAGAGCAAGGCGAGAUGGCCUCCCUGAAACAAACAGACAGGCUUAUCAUCGCCAAAGAAAUCAACACCUACAUAAAAUCAGACUUGCCAAGAUGAGCUCAUGGCGGGAAUUUAGUGCAGCCAUGAACACAAAUCGUUGGGACAAAUCCUUUCGAUGGGCCAAGAGCAGCUCACGUAAGAAUCCCAUGCCCACUACGGUUAAGACCAGUGCCGGGACAUACACCACCAGCCUGAAAGACACAAUAUAUACAUUCCUCGAGGCUUAUCUGCCCGAGGAUCAGAAUCCACCAACACACACGCCCUACAACUAUCAAGAAGAAGACAUACCUGUUGAUAGCACAACCACAUAUGAGGGAAAGGAAGCCAUAUGGAAGAUGAAGCCGAACAAAGCACCGGGGCUCGACGGCAUUACGGCCAAGGGAGCUAAAAGUCUAAACUGUUAG